UGUGUGUUUGUAGCAAGUGGCGACAACUGGCGAAGAAGCUUUUGCCUAAUUUGUUCUACUUGUCUAGGGUAACUUUGCGUCACUUUUACCGUCGUGCAAUUUUUUGUCCUUCUCAAGUACCCAAUCCUUGUGGAAAAGUAGCUUAACACUCCUAGGAAGAGUGGUCGUUGCCAAUCCUGCGGCAGGAAAGCUUACCUUCGUUCUGACGAAGUACUUGCGAGGAAUGUCAAAAGCUGCAUCAGCUCAAGAAUUAUUAAAGCGGCUGAUUCCGCCAGCCCAAGAAGCUUUCGCACGCCUUCAGGCUUGCAAACGAAAAGUGAUUUGGGGAGACAAUCAAAUUACACUGAGAGUGCGGCAGUAUCCAAAGAGCAAAGACGAGCGGGUAUCCUUGGUCAUGCCACAAUGGCAUAAAGUCCACUUAUAUAGCGAGGUGCUCGACCGGAAAGUACCCCUGACCAUGACUAACUCGACGCUCAGGAUGAUCGAGGAUAUGGGUGGCCUUGACUCCUAUUUGCUGAAGACCCCCGAGUCAAAGCUUAAAAGUGACACGGCGUCUGCUCUGAAGUGGGAGGUCUUGACCACGCUACGGCGGAAGCGCUACCUGGAGUGGGUGGCGAAAAAUGGCAGCCCGAAAUGACGGUGUAAUAAGCGCAGACUCCUCCGCUCAUACCACUGGGAGCGUUGAAGACGGGCUUUCCUUAAGUGGUUCUCGUGGAGUGCCAAGUUAGGGGGUUUGUUUGGAGAAAGCGAGUAUACAGGCGAAGGCUUGCGGUGGUGGCUGCCCCACAUUCCAGUUUUGCUGAGCUAUCUUGCUGAGCUGGUAACAAUGUGGGAUGGGUAAGGGACACGACGGGAGUGUCAAUGUAACGGAACUCGACGU